UCUUCUUCUCCAAAUUCUUCUUUGUAAAACUGAUCAUCACUCAUGGCGUACUCCUUCGACGACGAGUGUGAUUUCCUCUUUAAAGCAAUUCUUAUAGGAGACUCUGCUGUUGGUAAAUCGAACCUUCUCACAAGGUUUGCUCGGGAUCAUUUCCGCCUUGAUUCCAAGCCUACUAUUGGAGUUGAAUUUGCUUAUCGGAAUAUUAAGAUCGGUGAUAAGGUCAUCAAAGCUCAGAUAUGGGACACAGCCGGCCAAGAAAGAUUUAGAGCAAUCACAAGCUCUUACUAUCGAGGAGCACGAGGUGCAUUACUAGUCUAUGAUAUAACACGACGAUCAACCUUCGAUAAUCUAGCAAAAUGGCUGAGGGAGAUAAGAGAGUUUGGUGAUUCUGAUAUGGUGAUUUUGAUGGUUGGGAAUAAAACCGAUCUAGGUCAUGCCCGAGAAAUCAGUGAAGAAGAAGGACAACGCCUUGCAGAAAAAGAAGGUCUUUGUUUCAUGGAGACAUCUGCUUUGGAGAAUUUAAAUGUGGAAGAGGCAUUUCUACAACUCAUUACUCGAAUUCAUGAAGUUACUAGCAAGAAGAACCUGGAAGCAAAGGCCAAUCAAGUUCGGACAACCACACCCUCUGUUGGGAAUUCAAUCCUUAACUUGGAUGAAGUCUCAGCUACCAAACACACUGGUUGUUGUUCUUGGUAACCACACCCCCACCACCACUACCAGUUUGAGAUAUACUUGAAUCAAAUUCCAUUCUUUCUGCUUACACUGCUUUUAUUCU